AUCAUGCCGCUCAAAGGAUUAUACUGCCCAAGUUUGGCCACGUAUUCAUUUGGUUGACUUCAGAGGAAUGGAGCAAGAAUUUAUCCCGGAGUAGGUAUUAGAUAUGAAUUCGUACUUAAAGUGUCAUUGACAAACCAGCGGUACCCUUCGCAACGCUCACAAGUUUUUUUUUGCCAUUUCGUGAACUGAGCUCAUCCAUGAUUACACAAGCAGCGCAUCUCGGCCACUGCAUCACAGGACUGUCAGGUUUGGUCAAGACUGACGACGUAAACGGCUAUCUCUGUUUUAUUUUGUCGUUUUUUGCCUCUUUUUCUUGUUUUCUUUUAGUCUUUCCCUUAUUUAUUGAUACCAGCAGACCAUGUCACGGCGGCAAGGGACCAACAUGAGAUUGGGGUUAGACCGUGAGGUCUACCAAAUAAUUCUCAAACUGGAGGAAGAAGGGGGCGAAAGCGGACGGAAACCCCGGCUCGCCGUAGGAUCAGUUUACGACAGCAUCAAGCGCUCAAACUCAAGCCUCGCCCGCCAAAAGAAGAAGACACUGGAGGAGUCGAUCGAGCGCGUGUUGACGGUACGGAAAGACCAAUCCAAGGCCGACGAGCAGGAAGACUCGGAUGAUCUUCUCGAAGCCCAGGAGCAAGAAAGGAUAAAGGCGGCAAAAGCCGAGCGCGACCAAAAUAUCAUCAAUCGCCAGAUCGCCAAGUCUUGGGGUUUUGCCAACAACGAAAAGGGCGCCAGCACAGAUUCUACCGUCACACCCGCCGCAACACCAGCUACAACUCCCGGCGUGCCACCACCCGAGGCUACCGUGGGGACGCCCAAUAUGGAUGCCCCCGCCGCCACCGGGGAUAGGCAAGCGAAUGGGGAACCGAGACCCAAGAAGCGGAAAAGCGGCCCCAAGGAAGUCGACCGGAGCCCUCCUUCAAGCGUGUCCAUCCUGGACAUUGCUGGCGUGGACGACACGCUCGACAGGCUACUGGAUGAGGUGUGGUUUCCGCUCUGCGCCGGCGAGGCCUGCGAGAAGAUGGGCUACCGUUACGACAACGGCGUCCUGCUCCACGGCCCGUCGGGCUGCGGAAAGACAACACUCGCCCAUGCCGUCGCCGGGAGCGUAGGCGCUGCGUUUAUUCCGGUGUCUGCGCCGUCUAUCGUCGGAGGCACGUCGGGCGAAUCUGAGAAGAACAUCCGCGACGUGUUUGACGAGGCCAUUCGCCUCGCACCCUGCCUUGUGUUCUUCGACGAAAUUGAUUCCAUCGCGGGGAGACGAGAGAGCGCAAACAAGGGCAUGGAGAGCCGUAUCGUGGCAGAGAUCAUGAACGGCAUGGACCGGAUUAAACAACAAACUCCGUUAGGCAAGAACGUGGUAGUCCUAGCGGCUACCAACCGACCCGACUUUCUAGACCCGGCCAUUCGCCGCCGCUUCAGCUCCGAGAUCGACAUGGGCAUGCCGAACGAGACGGCGCGCGAACACAUCCUCCGAUCACUGACCCGCGAUCUCAGCCUCGCAGACGACGUCGACUUCCGGGAGCUAGCCAAGCUGACACCCGGCUACGUCGGCAGCGAUCUCCAGUACGUUGUCAAGGCCGCCGUGUCGGGCAGCUGCCGCGGCAAGCUCGAGGACCUCCUCCGCAGAGCCCGCGCCCUGGGCGCCCCCGACUACCUCACCGCGGCCUCGCAGAAGCAGCGCGACUGGGUCCUCCUCGAAGACCACCGCCGCGCGCCCUGGGAAGAGAGCCACAUCACCAUGUCCCAGUUCAAAUCGGCCGUGUCGCGCGUGCAGCCCGCCUCCAAACGCGAGGGCUUCAGCACCAUCCCAGACACAACCUGGUCUCACGUGGGCGCGCUCGACGAAGUGCGCAAGAAGCUCGAGAUGUCCAUCAUCGGCCCCAUCAAGAACCCGGAGCUCUUCACGCGCGUGGGCAUCAAGCCGGCGGCGGGCAUCCUGCUGUGGGGGCCGCCCGGGUGCGGCAAGACGCUGGUAGCCAAGGCGGUGGCCAACGAGUCCAAGGCCAACUUCAUCUCAAUCAAAGGCCCGGAGCUGCUCAACAAGUACGUAGGCGAGUCAGAGCGGGCAGUGCGGCAGCUGUUCGCGCGGGCCAAGUCAUCGGCGCCCUGCAUCCUCUUCUUCGACGAGAUGGACGCGCUAGUACCGCGGCGCGACGACUCGCUCUCGGACGCCAGCGCGCGCGUCGUCAACACGCUACUGACCGAGCUCGACGGCGUGGGCGACCGGUCCGGAAUCUACGUCAUCGGCGCCACCAACCGGCCGGAUAUCAUCGACGAGGCCAUCCGCCGGCCGGGACGCCUCGGCACCAGCAUCUACGUCGGCCUGCCCUCGGCCCCGGACCGCGUCGACAUCCUGCGCACCCUCUUCCGCAACACCGUCUCCAAGGCCCGCGCCGACCGCCGCCAGCUCGAGGCCGCCGCCGCCGGCACCACAGCAGCCGCCGGCACCGGCACCGGAACCGACGUCGACAUGACCGACGCCACCACCCCCUCAAACACCACAAACACCACCACCACCACCACCACCGCAACCACCGCAACAGAAACCCGCGAAGCCGACCUGGAAAAGGUCGCCCUCGACAUGCGCUGCACGGGGUUCUCGGGCGCCGAUCUGGGCAACCUGAUGCAGGCGGCGGCGCAGGCGUGUCUGGAGCGGGCCUACCUGAUGCAGAAGCAGGCCGCCAGCGGCGGCGGGCGGGACGGGCCGGCGGCGGAUCCGGUGAUCACGUCGGCGGACUGGGAGAAGGCGCUGCGGGAGGUUAAGCCGAGCGUCAAGGAUGCGGGGCGGUACGCGCUUGAGGGGUAGUUAGGGGUGGAUUACAUAGGUAGUUUUGUUUGUGUGAAUCUAUACAGCCACCCCUCAGGGGUUGUUUUUGUUUUUGUCUUGUUUUUCCGCGCAGAAAUGUUCUUCUCCGCGGCGGUCUUGAACCGGAGCGGCGAACGAGCUGAAUCCAUGAUGAUACCUGCUUAUUGCAGGGAACACGUU